UAUGUUAACUUGCAUGCUAUUUGAUAGCUUGCCAUCUAGCUAGCUCGGUAGCUAGUUCACUCGGUAGCUAUCUAUCUAGUAUAAAAGUAUAAACAGCAGAGGGGGAAAAAGAAUUUACAAAGACUCAAACAGAAAAUAUAAAUGCACCGAGGCAUCCUGAAACUGAGGAAGCUACAUGGAACUCAGCCAUCAUUGAUUUGAUCAUUUACACCUGUGAUAGUCCUACUAUGCUCUGAAAGUGGCUUCUGUGCAAAGGACCCAUCAACUUUUCAAAUGAGUAAUCGUAGUGUUGUAUUUGUUGCUAUCCUUGAAAUUAACAGUGUUUGUCGAUAAAAUCUGUUUUUUAAAACAACACUUGUCUGACCAAAUGUCUCUUAAACGGUUCCCCUUCCUUCAGGAAUCUGCCAUAAAAGGAUUUCUCAGAGAAAAAAGCUGGUUUGACCUGAGUCCAAAGCAGAUGAUGGUCUCAUGCAGUCUGGAGGAGAGGAGCUGUGGCUGUGAGGUGUCUCCAGGAGAAAGCAAGACCUCAGCUACACUGCGAGGUAAAAGACCUGUGAGAUUCUGAUGGACGUCUACCAGGAUGCUGUGCAGUAUCUGCAAUCAGAACACGUACCAGUGGAAGUGGAGACUGAUGUCUUGGUGGAGGAUGUGUUCCAUGAGGAGGGGGAGGAGGUGGUGGUGAUGCCCUCUUAUCUUUCUUCUCUUCAAGAAGAAAGCAUAGACCUCCCUUUAACCCCUACAUCCUGCAGCUCAGAGGAAAUGUUGGAGAGGAGGCUCUUGGUUCUCAAAGGCAUCGUGGAGAGUGAGGAGGUUUAUCUGAGAGAGUUGGAGGUGCUGCUCAUGCCCAUGAAGGCUCUGCGGGCCUCAGCUGGGACCUCCCAGCCGGUUCUGUCCAGUCAACAAGUCCACACUGUUUUCUACCAGGUGCCUGAGCUUAGAGACAUGCACCAAAGCUUCUACUCAGACCUGAAGGCCCGGCUGAACGCUCACUGCCACACAGAUCCUGCCUCGGGUGAACAAAGAGACAUGAACCACACAGGCUCUGAGCUCAUGGUGGGGGAAGUGUUUCUGAAAAUGGUGAACCAGAUCGGUCUCUACGGUGGUUUCAUUCAAAACUACGAAGAUGCCGUUGAAGUUGUCCGCAAGUGCACACAGUCAGACCCUCGCUUCAGAACUCUGGCCGAGAGCAUGAUGUUGAACAACGGCGCUGACAAGUCUCGCACCAAAUACACAUUUGAGGCUCUACUGUACAAACCUCUGGACAGAGUGACCAAGACAACACUAGUGCUGCGUGACCUCCUGAAGACGACACCAGCGGAGCAUAGCGAUUACGUAGCUUUGCAGGAAGCGCUGAGAUUGUCUCGCAGCUUCCUGUCUGGUGUCAAUGAGAGUUCACAGUGCAAUCGAGAUGUCAUGCUCAGUCACGGAAUGAGACGUCAGCUGAUGCGUGACGGCUUUGUGGUGGAUGGUACUGAUGGAGAACGCAACCUGCGACACAUUUUCCUUUACACCGACCUCCUGCUGUGUGUCAGAUUAAAACAUACCACCAGAGGGAAGCAGGAUCAGUACAGGUUCUGCUGGUAUCUGCCUCUGGCUGGUCUCAAACUACACUGGUCUGCAGAUCAGGAACGACCGUCCGACACACACCUCCGUUUACACACCAUAAGAAGCAAGAUGUAUCUCCUGCGACAGCAGAUGCGGCAACAAUCGAGGGGAUCCAGAGGAAUGUCCUUUGUAGCUCGCACCAAGAAGAAACUAGAACAAAUGGAUCUGAUGCUGCUCACAUACUCUCCUCUUUAUAGACUGGAGCUGCACAGCCCUAGUGGCAAGAGUCACACUCUCCUCCUCUCCUCCUUGUAUGAACUGGAAGAAUGGAGAGAAGCCAUUCAUAAACUCAGUGCAGACAACAUAGAAACUGUCCCACCAGACCUGCUCACUCUCACCAGUGCAUGUGUGAAACUGAGAAUGACCCAGCAGCCACCACUACAAAUCUCCAGUGCUGUAGAGGACACGGAGUCUUUGUGUGGGACACUGCGUGUGGCCAUUCACUCUGCCCGCGGCCUGCAGCAACCAGCACGUGUUUAUGUGUGUGUGGAAGUGGAUGGAUGUGACUUUUAUGAUAAUGAGACACAGACACACUCUUCAGUCCACAGCCUCAACCCAUACUGGGACCAGGAGCUGUCUUUCCAGGUUGACGGGGCUCAGAACCUGAGGCUGCUCUGUGUGAGUCAGUCCGACAGACGGGAUGAUACCGUCCUGGGAAAAACAACCUUCAAGUUGGAGUCUAAAUCCCUGAAUAACGGAUGGAGGAGACAGAUUUUACAGCUUGGUUCUCUGGAGUUGACUCUGUCCCUCAAGUACAGUCACCACCGGCUUGAACCACCGAGCUCCACAGCUUCGCCACUGCCUGUUUUCAGCGUCCCUAUCGAAACUUUGGCUCAACAGGAUGGAGUGCUGGUUCCCCACGUGGUGCGAUGCUGUGUGGAGGAGGUGGAGAGUAGAGGCAUGGAUGAGGUGGGAAUCUACAGGGUUUCAGGGACAUCCAGUGAAAUCAACGCGCUCAAGAAUGCUUUCAACAGCAAUCUGCGUGAAGCUGUGACCAGGCUGAGAAGUGCCGACGUGAACGACGUCUCUGGUGUCCUCAAGCUGUACUUCAGAGAGCUGCCUGAGCCUCUUAUACCCGCUGAGCUGUUCCACAGUCUGGCAAGGAUGCUGGAUAUCCAGGACAAACCCUCGCGUCUCGUCUCCAUGUUGUCUCUGCUACAGUCCUGUCCUGUGACCAACCGCCACACCUUAAUCUACCUCAUGCACCACCUGCAACGUGUGUCUGAGAAGCAAGACGUCAACAAGAUGUCUCUGAUGAACCUGGCCACAGUGUUUGGUCCGAGCCUUUUACGCCCCCCUGUGGCUGGACAGGGUGAUGACCCAGCUGUGAACAUAUCCCAGGAGGUGGUGGUUCAGGUCCAGGUGGUUUUCUGCUACCUGCAGUGCAACAACCUCCCUGAAGCCCAGAUCUCUGUGCCACAUGACACAGAUGCUGAAGAUGACGAGACCACCCACAUGUGAGACCACCAGCACCAGGGUCACGGCUGGCAGAAAGAAACAAAACAAAUGUAUUUAUUAUUGGCACAAUUAUUGUGACUUUUGAAGUCUCCUGUGUUGUAAAUAAAUUAAGUACAGUGUGUAAACAUAGUUUAACAACUUAUUUUUUGCUACAUUGGUUUUAAAUUAAUUUUGAAAUGUUGACAAUCAAAUUACUGUACAAUAAUUUGGUCCUUUUAUUAGCUACAUAGUCAUAUUUUCAUCAGCAGAGCAAGAGGAGACAUGUCUUCUUCGACACUAAAUCCUUUUUUAAAAGAUUUCCAGCAGGCUGAGGCAGCAUGUCGGGCAUAAAGGCUCCAAAAGCGAUGGCGCACAACUCUGAAUGUUGGUAAAUACAUGCACGCUUCAUGUGCAACAGAGCAAGUUACAUGUCACAGAUGUCUUUGUAGCUUAUUAGAUGUGAGUUGUGAAAACGACAACUCCAACGUGUAAAUAAAUGGCUACAGCAUUGUGACGCCUCGACCAUAAAUGCUUCCGUGGCUGUUUGUGAAGACCUUUUGUUUGUCCUAUGUCGACAAUACUCUGAAACUCUUGACAGUGUCAGGGCGACAUGGUCGUCCCUCUUUGUCUUUGUCUUUAUCUUCAUCUGCUCUUCCAAAUCCAGGUCGCAGGGGCAGCAUUCUUUUCCCCAUUCUUCUCCUCCACCAUGUCUGCACUGGUGUCUUCCCGCACAUAAGCAUACCCCAGAGGAUGCGCUGAGGAAGCAAUCGUCACCAGAUGGCCAGACCACUACAGCCAGCUCCUCUUGACGGGCUCCCGAAGUCCGAUCUCCUUCUGAGCUCUGUCUCGGGCUGAUUUUGUCCACUUGUAAUCUUGUUCUUUCAGCUUCACAAUGGAUGCUGCCCUGAUUUAUCUGUACACCUGAGACGUUGCGACUUUUAGCUCUGUGCAAAAACUCUGACUCAUGGGUUCACUUU